GGUGGGCGAAGUGGGUACACCAACAAACAAACAACAGGACCAACACAUAUACUCCUUUUCUUAUCAUCACCUCGCGCCUACUACGUUGGCGACGGCGAACGAAGCCACCACCCCCGGCGAGAGUAAGCCGCAACCGAGGGCUAGGGUGCGGGGCCCGCCGUUCAAUAUGGCGUCGUUGUCCUCGCCGUGGGUUGAAUGGGCCGGGGAGUACACCAAGGCGGCGCAAGCGGAGGCGCUCCCGCCGAACGAGUGGGCGGCGCGGGUGGCCACAGCGGCGGCGGUCGCGGGGGAAAGAGGGGACGUACAGUUUUCGGCAGGGCUGGCCGAAAUGCUGGCGCGCGUGCUCCUCUCUGGGCAAAUCAGCAGCGCCGCCCCCACCGCGGCGUGGAAGUACGCCGAGGCUGCCCUCGCCGCGCGCCUCGCGUCACCGGCGCUCCUCCUCGCGAUCCUCUCCUCAAGGGUAAUUCCUCAACGGGUUGCAAGGCCAACAGCGUAUCGACUUUAUUUGGAGCUCUUGCGGAGACAUGGAUUCAAAUUAUGUUUUCAGAUGAAAGCGGCAAAUUCCAACAAGAUCAGGCAGUUAAUAGAUGAUAACCUUAACCUCUCCAAGAUAUUUGGUUUUUCAGCAUGUGAACCAGGGGUCUUUAUUGUUGAACUUGUCCUUUGCAUUUUAUGGCAGUUGGUCGAUACCGCAUUAGACGAUGAGAGUCUGUUAGAGUUAACCCCAGAAAAGAAAGCUCAAUGGCCAACUAGGCCUCAAGAUAUUAGUGCAUUUGAAGUUUCUUUUCCUGAACAAAAGCCAGAGAAAAUUGAGAAAUUACAGAGGAUGAAUAGUGUGAUAACUAUAGAGCUUAUCGGACAUCUUCUUCACAAUAAAGUAAUUACUCGUAUUCUCUCAUUGGCACGCGAAAACAUGCAAACUCAGUGGGGAUUAUUCACUUAUCGGUUACAAUUGCUUGUGGCAAACUCAUCCACCUUACAAGCUUCGACGAUGUCCUUGCAAGCAUUUCAGCAGUUGAUUCUAGAUGACCACAAUGUCCAUGGCGAAAAUAAACAUAGUUUGCACAAAAAAUUCCACCCCAUGGUGGCUUCUAAUCCUCUAUCUUCUCCAAAUGGACAUUGCCUUGGUGGUAGUUAUUCCGCACUAUGGAUUCCUAUUGAUAUGUAUCUUGAGGAUUGCCUUGAUGGCUCAAUUGCUGCCACAAAUUCCAUUGAGAUUUUAAGUGGUUUGGUCAAGGCACUUCAAGCAGUCAAUAGAUCCAGCUGGCAUGAUGCAUUCAUGGCCCUUUGGAUAGCAUCAGUUCGCCUUGUACAAAGGGAACGAGAACCGAUUGAAGGUCCUGUGCCUCACCUUGAAACACGACUAUGCAUGCUUUUGUCUAUUGCAACACUUGCAGUUGCUGACAUAAUUGAGGAAGCAGAUUCACGUCGUGGUGAAACUGACCUCAGCAGUCACUGGAAACAAAAAACAGCAAGUGAUGAUCUGCGUAAGGAAUUGAUGUUAAGCUUACAGGCUCUUGGCGAUUACGAGAGUCUGCUUGUUCCUCCUCCAUGUAUCAUCUCGGCAGCUAAUCAGGCUGCUUCAAAAGCUGCAAUGCUUGUUUCAGGAAUUAACAGUAGCAGCGGCUACAUGGAAAGUAUCAAUGAAACUGGAAACAUGAGGCACUUGAUUGUGGAGUCAUGUAUCUCAAGAAACUUAUUGGAUACGUCAGCUUACUAUUGGCCUGGUUAUAUUAAUGGUCAUGUCAACUCCAUGUCUCAUGCAAUUCCUAGCCAACUUGCUGGGUGGGCGGCCUUCAUGAAGGGUACACCAUUAACUCAGUCACUGGUUAGGGUGCUGGUCUCAAGUCCUGCUUCAAGCUUAGCAGAGCUGGAAAAGUUAUUUGAAGUUGCAGUCAACGGAUCAGAUGACGACAAGGUCUCUGCUGCUACUGUUCUCUGUGGAGCAACCUUGUUACGAGGUUGGAAUUUUCAGGAGCAUACAGUUCGCUUAGUCGUUAAACUGCUCUCACAUUCUGAUCCUGCUGAUUAUGCUGGUAGAGAGAGCCAGUUAAUAAAGCAUGGUCCAAUGCUUAAUGUUAUUCUAACUGGAAUAUCACCCGUAGACUAUGCUCCAAUCUUCUCAUUCCAUGGUCUGGUUCCAGAACUGGCUACUGUGCUCAUGGCGAUAUGUGAAGUUUAUGGGUGCCUUUCCCCAAGUGUUUCAUGGACGCUAGGAGCAGGGGAGGAAAUAUCUGCUCACACGGUCUUCUCAAAUGCGUUCAUUCUUCUGUUAAGACUAUGGAAGUUUAAUCAUCCACCGCUUGAAUAUUGCAUAAUGGGAGAUGGUGCUCCAGUUGGUUCACAACUAACUCCUGAGUAUCUUCUGUUAUUGAGAAACUCCCAGGUUCUUACUGCCAGCAGUUCAUCCAAAAGUAGAAGCAGCCAGAAGCAAUUACCUGUUACUUCAAGUCGUUCUUCUCAGAAUCCUAUUUUUAUGGAUUCUUUUCCGAAGUUGAAAUUGUGGUACCGGCAGCACCAAGCUUGUCUGGCCUCGACUCUCUCUGGACUUGCUCAUGGAACACCUGUACAUAACAUUGUAGACAGCCUUCUCAACUUGAUGUUCACAAAGGCCAACAAAGGAAGUACAUCUAUUGGUUCUGUAUCUGGGAGUAGCAGCAUAAGUAACUCCUCUGGUCCUGGUGGCGACGAUUCACAUCUUUGGCCUCAGUUGCCCGCUUGGGAAAUACUAGAAGCUGUUCCAUUUGUGGUUGAUGCUGCUCUAACUGCUUGCUCCCAUGGAAGACUAUUUCCACGUGAACUGGCUACAGGUCUCAAAGAUCUAGCUGAUUUUCUGCCUGCAUCUACUGCAACAAUCGUAAGCUACUUUUCAGCUGAAGUGACACGUGGUGUUUGGAAACCUGCAUUCAUGAAUGGAACAGAUUGGCCUAGCCCGGCUGCCAAUUUAUCCAUGGUUGAAGAGCAUAUCAAGAAAAUUGUAGCCGCCACUGGCAUUGAUGUUCCAAGACUUGCAACAGGAGGAACUACUUUGGGUAGACUUCCAUUGCCACUGGCUGCUUUUGUGAGCCUCACCAUCACAUACAAGCUUGACAAGGCAUCCGAACGUUUCCUUAACCUAGCUGGUCCAGCUUUAGAGAACCUUGCUGCUAGCUGCCCUUGGCCAAGCAUGGCAAUUGUCGCAGCACUGUGGACUCAAAAGGUCAAGCGAUGGAGUGAUUUUCUCGUCUUUUCAGCAUCACGCACGGUCUUCUACCAUAACAAUGAUGCAGUUGUCCAGCUCCUCCGAAGCUGCUUCACUUCUAUUCUUGGCAUGUCGUCAACAUCAUUAUGCUGUUGUGGAGGUGUUGCUAGCCUUCUGGGUCACGGAUUUGGCUCUCAUUGCUCCGGUGGUCUCUCACCAGUUGCACCAGGAAUUCUCUACCUCCGGAUAUUCCGGUGCAUCAAGGACUGCUCUAUACUUGCAGAAGAUAUACUUUCCCUGCUGAUGCUUUCGGUGAAAGACAUAGCUGAGACAACAGUGUCCAGGCAUGGAUCGGACAAGCUAAAGAGGACCAAGUAUGCAAUGGGACAUGGACAGAUCUCUCUUGCUACUGCAAUGACACAAGUUAAGGUAGCGGCAUCACUUGGAGCGACACUCGUGUGGUUAUCAGGAGGUACCACCCUUGUCCAGUCUCUGUUUCAAGAGAUAUUGCCCUCUUGGUUCCUUUCUGUGCAGGAUCUGGACCGAGGAGGAGACAGUGGAGGAAUGGUAUACAGGUUGGGUGGACAUGCACUUGCCUACUUUGCAGUGUACGCUGGGAUGUUCGCUUGGGGCAUUGACCCGACAGCAGUGUCCCGCCGUCGAGAGAGGGUUAUGGGGUUGCACCUGGAGUUCCUAGCAAGCGCAUUGGACGGAAAGAUCUCUCUAGGCUGCAACAUGUUCCUGUGGCGUGCCUACGUUUCGGGCUUCCUGGAGCUGGUAGUGGACCGCGUCCACUGCUUGUUGCAUGAGGUCGACCUCAAGGUGCUCAAGAAGCUUAGCAUUGGGCUCCGGCAGUGGAAAGAGAAGGAGCUUGCGGUGGCCAUCCUUUGUAGGGGUGGGCCGGAGGCAAUGGGUGUCGCCGCAGAGUUGAUACUGGAUAGCGAGUGGUGACCGACUCUGGAGUUGCUGGUAUAUUCUUCGUUAUCGAUGUUGCUGACUGUACAUAACCAGACGACGAGCGUGUGUAUGCUUGGUUUCUGUGGAAUACUGUUAGGUGUUCUACUCUCCCUAAUACCCCAAUAACAUCUGCUAACCGCCAUCUCUAUAUGUGAAUGGUGGAAGUAACUGCUCUACAAGAUUUAACCCAUUUAGGCCUUGUACAAUGCUAGAUGCUUAGAGAGGUACUUAGAGAAAUAAACGAGGAUGUUUGCAACUGUA